AUGGCUGGAGGUAACCACCCCAAGGGCCCACCCCACAAGCCCUCCUCUUCCUCCUCCGCUGCCUCCAACCGCAAAUCUCGCUGGGAAUCCUCCCCCUCCACCAACAACAAGAACAACCAAAACCACCGCAACAAAAACCCACCCGACCCGAAACCCGCCACCGGCCCAUCCCCCAAACCCGGCAAAACCGCCAGCCCCGCCAAUCCGAAACACCCGCCGGCCCCCUCUCCCGGCGCCGCGCCUCCUUUCCCCUUUCCGGACCCCUCCUCCUUCGGCCCGCCGCCUCCGCCCGUCUACGGCUUCCACAACCUCGAGCGCCGCACCAUCGUCCUCGCCGACGGUACCGUCCGCUCCUACUUCGCUCUCCCGCCAGAUUACCAGGACUUCCCUCCGCCGCACAUGGACCCCUCGGGUCGGUUCUUGCCGUUCGGACCGGGCGGGCCCGCCCCGGACUACUGGAACUCGCUUGGGAUUGACGGCCGUGGUGGACCCCAGGAAGGCUCGUCGAUGAAGAGGAAGUUUGGGGAGGAAGAGGAGCAUAGGGAUAAGGGAGAAGAAUUGGCGAAACGACGGCAGCAGUUGGUGCAAUUGGGGAACCCGAAUGGGUUUCCGGCGGGUCCGAGUAGCCCGUUUAGGCGUGAGAUGGGGGCCCAGUCCAGGAGCGGCGAUGAUCCGAGGGCUUCGAAGUUCAUGAGGACUGGUGGAGGUUUUGAAAAUGUGGGGUUUAGGCAAAGCGGUGGCAGCGGAGGUGGUGGUGGUGAUAAUGUGGGGCAUAAGUAUCUUCAGGUUGACCAGGCUGCACUGAAGAAGGCAUUUCUGUACUUUGCGAAGGUAAUUAAUGAGAAUGGAGCGCAGAAGAAGAUUUACAUUGAGGAUGGGAAGCAGGGCCGGCUUAAUUGUCUUGCUUGUGGCACCACUGGCAGGUCUGCAAAAGAUUUUCCGGAUAUGCAUAGUCUCAUUAUGCACAGUUACAACACAGACAAUGCGGACAUUCGUGUGGAUCACUUGGGCUUACACAAGGCUCUUUGUGUUUUAAUGGGGUGGAACUACUUGAAGCCUCCUGAUAACUCAAAGGCAUAUCAGUUUCUUUCCGCUGAUGAAGCAGCAGCAAAUCAAGAUGACCUGAUAAUGUGGCCUCCCAUGGUGAUAAUUCAUAAUACGCUUACAGGAAAGAGUAAAGAUGGGCGCAUGGAGGGUUUGGGCAAUAAAGCAAUGGAUAGUUAUAUACGAGCUCUUGGGUUUGGGAGCGGCAAGUCGAAAUCCCUGUAUGGUAGAGAUGGUCAUUUGGGAACAACCAUAAUCAAGUUUUCAGCUGAUGAAGCGGGCCUCAAGGAGGCCUUGCGAAUGACAGAAUUCUUUGAGAAAGACAAUCACGGACGCAGGGCUUGGUAUCAUGUUCAACCCCUCACAAUGGGCAAUAAGGAUGAUGAGAACAAUCCUUACCUUGUGAAGUUAGAUGAAAAGACUCGGGAAAAGAAGAGGGUCUUUUAUGGUUACCUAGGAACUGCCUCUGAUCUCGAAAAAGUUGAUUUUGACACGAGAAAGAAAGCUGCCAUUGAAAGCUGGAGAGAAUUCAAACCUCCCAAGUAGUCCUUUGAGAUCCAAGUGGUUUCAUGCUGUGGAAAGUAAUGAAAGCUUUUUAUGGGCAUCAUUCUCUAGUGUCAGGAGGUGUGAAGCCUCAUUUAAAUGCCUACUUAUUCUUGUUGAAAAUGUAAUGGCCGAUCUUAGGUGGUACAGGAUAAUAAUUCCAGCCAGCUCCAGCUUGCGGUAUUGAUUCAGACAUAAGAGUAGAAGUUCACAUGAAGAAAAAGAUUGAUUGCUACUUGUAUGGUUCUGAACCACUUUGACAUCCCAUGAUCAGAACGCAUAAUACUGUAGCAUAAUUUGUGGAAUUAACUUUGGAUGAGCUUGUAGCCUGGUACAAUGUUCAGACUGUUCGAAGUUGAAUCAACCAGGGCCAGUAGUAAAAUUUUCUUCCCACCAUUUCAAUGGAAUGGAAGGUGUCGGUAGAGGUAGUUUGAUUAUAUCCACAGGUUAUGAGUUCCAAGUUUUGCCAUGUGAAUUGGCCAGUUGGGGCUGUCCCCUCUUUCCUAAACUCUGAAAGGGUUGGAUGUCUGUACCUAGUAAAACCAGAAAUUCUCAAGAUCGUGCUUCUAAAGAGUCGAGGAAGGUGAAAAAUAUUCGUUCUUAAGUCUUAUGCGAUCAGUCUACGGUUUGCCAUAAGAAACUCUACAUUAGCAUAACCGUUGAUUCAGUAAUGACGUUUUGAUCUAUGAUCAUGCAGCACGUAUAUUUUCAUGAAGCAGAAGUAGAAAAUAUGGAAGCAACAAAGUUCUCAGAGUAUCAAAAUGAUGGUACGAUAAUAUUGGAUCUAGUGAUAUAAGUUAUAUGUGGAUAGUAUUUGGUCUAGUGAUAUAAGAUAUAUAUAAUAACAAAAUGAUAGUAUUUGGUCUAGUGAUAUAAGUUUUACGUGAUGUAUCAAAGUGAUUUGGCAUAUAUUUAGUUUAGACACAUUUAGUUUAGUGUUACAACAAUUACAUGCGACAUCCGAG